GCAGUUGAAGCAAUGUGUCGUCACCAGCGAGUGUGUAAAAUAAAAACGUCCCCAGAAUCCUUCGGCGAAGAUCCUUGUCCGGGGGUUCGGAAAUACGCUGAAGUGGUGUACAAGUGCCUACCAAAUUCGUUUAUCAACAAAAUCGUGUGCGAAAAUGAUCGUCUUCGACUUCAAUGUAAAAAAUCUCGACGAAUCGUGGUUUACUCGGCGUCAUUCGGAGGAACUCAUCACGAUAUCCAUGAAUGUCCACAGAAAUCCGGAGUUGUUGCACGAGACUGUCAGGUUAGUUACGCUACUGAAACGGUGAUGCAAAAUUGUCUGGGGAAGCGCAGAUGCACAGUCCAUGCUUCUGUUGAAACAUUUGGUAACCCUAGUUGUCCACCAGAUACCCGGCAUUACCUCAAGGUUGUUUAUACCUGUGUAUCAAAAGAAAUCCUUCGAGCAUUAGACAUUAGUGCUAACGGUGACAAUGGAAUUGACGAAACAGACGAUUUCGUUGAAGAACCAGAGUAUAAAGCGCCACCUGAGGGUCAGGACCGAUCUCGGUGGAAAGAAGACACGCCAUUAACCAAACAAGAAUCAGAUGAUUCCAGGAAACCAGACGUUCGUCAACCGGAAGUCCAGAGUGACGAAACUAUAGACUGGGAGGACGCCAGUAACUGCACAGUUAUUGAAGGGGACCAGAAGGUUGUUGGCUUUCUUACGGAAUGGAUUGCAGCUUACAGAUAUCUUAAAGAAAACAAGGAGAAAUGUGUUCUCUACUUGACACUAAGCUUGGGAGGUGGCUUGGUUGCCUUCUUCGGGGUUUUGUCUGUCCGUCUUUACCUUCAGAAGAAAGCCGAAAGGAAGAAGGCUAGCCUCAACAUCAGCGAACCUCUUCCAACAUCGUUCGACGAGGAAGUUUCCGACUUGGAACAUUUCGAUACAACUGACAGGCCGGAUCAUAGCGGCGUAGAAAUAGUCCGGUUCUGCAAUCGAUCGGCAAUGAGAAGACAAGACAGCGAUACUCAUCCCCGGGCCCCCAUGUCCCGAAACAUGAAUAAUUAUUAUUAUAGUUAGUUCUAAACGGACAGUAAAGGCUACGCUCAAUGCCGACUACUGUGUACAAAUAUAUAUAUAUAUACAUAUAUAUAUUGUGAAUAUAUAUAAUUAUAUAUGUGUAUAUAUAUACGAGAACUUAUGUUUCAGGUAUUUUUAAUUGAAGCUCUAAACUGUUGAUUCUCAUUCGUAGGUUCGGAAGAUACGAACCUAGGAAAGACUAACAGCAGAGUUGAAUGCCUGAAAACAUUUGAUGAUAAGGCCUCUAACAAAACCGUGAGCUGUUGUCUACAUUGUAUGGUUGAAAUUAAAAGUACAACAAUGACGAUGUAAUGUAAAAUAUUUUGCGUUAAAAUGAAUUUCUGAAAUGCAAUCAACAAGUCACAAAUUGUUUCACGAAAACGAAAUCAAAAUUAACUAGGGCAAAGAGUUAAUAAUAACCACAAAAUAGUAAGAGGCGAUAAACAAACAGUUUGGUAGUAAUAAGUUUCGUUUUAAAGGGUAUUGUGGUCUACGUAGACGUGCUAGAAGUUUGGUACACAAUUUGGAGCUAACUAUAACUAGAUGUCGCUACUGUGUUCUCGGCGUACUCGCUAAGGAGCGUAUAUAGUCUUGUUAGGCGCUCUAAAGGACUGUCAGCGACACCUAUAUUAACGUCUUCUUAUAACUUUUCCAUAUUUUCGGUACACUAAAGGUGUUCCCUUGUUGUGGUUAUGAAUGUACUUACAUAUCUGUAUAUAAAACCUUUUUAUGUCUGUUCAACCUUUCAAGCCGUUAUUUUCCAAUGACGUUGAUAUGGUGAUCUUCAGUACAGCGUACGAACUAUUGGGGUGAAGUUCAUAAGGUGUUGUUUAGAGACACGCUCUUUUCCCUUGUUUUGUGUGAUUUCAGUGAUGUCAAAACACUUAUAUCACACUUUACUUGUGUGAUUAGUUUAAAACUAAUGUUCAAUGAUAGUUUUACAAGAUUUUCUGAUAUAAACUUUCUUGGUACAUAUCAAUCGAAAUGCCAACAUAAGACACUUCUUGUCUCUUACCUUAUUACUCUGUCUAUAGUGUUUUUCUUGUUAACACUAGUUCCUGCUUUCAAAAACACACUCAACCCACGUGAAGGCAGUCUGGAAUGUGUUAUACCGGAAACGACGUGAAGAUUUUGUCGCAAAAUUUACCAUAAAUAUUGGUGUUUGGAACCACCUGCAGAUUUUCACCACAAAAUUUGCAAAAUUAAAUCAAAUCUGCUAAUGACUCUUCACACUGUUAUGUGAUCUGUUAACGAUAGUUCACUUUUCACUCUUAUAUAUGAUAUCUGUGCUAAAUUAAAACUUGUGACUACUUGAAAAAUGUAACUUUUCAAAUACGGGGUUAGAAAUGUGUAACCAAAUUCUGUAAUAUAAAGAUUGUUACGGGGACCCAACGUAUGAUUUACAGAAAUGUAUGAUAGCGUAAGCUAUUAUAACAUUACUUUAUUUGAUAAUUUGCGGACAUCAGGUGUAUUAUACAUCCCGAAGCAGAGUGUAUUUUAUAUUUAAAAUUAAAAACAUUGAUAGUAGCAUGAAAACCGCUGAAAAAUAUGUACACGUGUUAUAAAAAAUAAUGUAAUCAAGCUCAGUUUCCUCAUAAGCGUAAUUUUUUAUACAUCUUUGAAAAGAACAUCUCAGUUUCCUCAUAAGCGUAAUUUUUUAUACAUCUUUGAAAAUAACAUCUCAGUUUCCUCAUAAGCGUAAUUUUUUAUAUAUAUCUUUGAAAAGAACAUCUUCUAGCGGUAAAUUUUUAGUAAACAUUAACCCUGAGCCUCAGAACAAAAACUAUUAUUCUGAUGUUAGUUGUUCAUUAAACUAUCCCGGCCCUAUGAUGGCAUGCAGGCCCAUCUAAUAUAUUUUAAUUUUCAAUCCUCAAAGCCUUGUAAAACGUUCUUUGCAUAUUGGUUGAACAACAUUAAAGAUUUGACUAAUUCAGCUAAACCUUUAUCCUAAUUAAACACAGUAACGCCAGCAGUCGGACAUUUGAAAAAGUCACUUAAAUCUCUUUGAAAGGUGUUUGUUUGUAAGUAAGCAUAAAGCUACAAAAUGGGCUAUCUGAGCUCUGCCCACCACGGGUAUCGAAACUCAGUUCCUAGCGUUGUAAGUCCGAAGACAUAACGCUGUGCCACUGGGUUACAUUACAGAUGUUAGGUUUUAUUACGUUUAUUAGAAAGUAAAGUUUCACCCAUGUGUCUGCUAACAAACUUUUAUUUCUGCCCCACCCCCUCACAUACACAAACAAAGCAACCUCAUACUUCUCCUGGGAAUGUUUGAUUUUUAUUGGGUCCUCGGUUGGUCAGCGAUAAGUUUCCAGACAUAGAAUGCUAAAAAUUGGACGAGAGAAUGUUUGUUUGUUUUUUUAAUUUCGCGCAAAGCUACACGAGGGCUAUCUGCGCUAGCCGUCCCUAAUU